AUGCACCCGCUUGAUCUUCUCAAGGUCAAGUUCCAGGUAGCGACGGACAAACCAAAGGGCGGGGUCGGAAAAGCCAUUUGGUCUACGUUGACGGAAAUUCAGGCGCGGGAUGGUUGGCGGGGCCUUUACAGAGGGGUUGGGGCCAACAUUGCGGGGAAUGCGUCGAGCUGGGGACUUUACUUCCUCUUUUACCACAUGCUCAAGCAGCGUGCCUCCGGUGGUGACCCUAAUUACAAGCUCUCCCCCGGGUCAUACCUCUUAUGUUCUGCUCAAGCGAGUGCGGUGACCGCAAUCAUGACAAAUCCCAUAUGGGUGGUGAAGGUCCGCAUGUUCACUACCCAGCCGAACGACCCUACCGCGUACCGCAGCCUUUGGCAUGGUCUGUCGUCAAUAUACCGGCAGGACGGGAUAUCGGGGUGGUACCGCGGGACGUCUCUGGCGCUCUUCGGCGUGAGCAACGGCGCGAUACAGUUCAUGAUGUACGAGGAGAUGAAACGGUGGGGCUUCGAGCGCAAGAAGCGGCAGUUCGCUAAAGCGGGCAAGGAGUACACUCCCGCUGACGAUAAGCUAUCGAACACCUACUACACCCUCAUGUCCGGGGCCAGUAAGCUCAUGGCCCUAGCCUCCACGUACCCGUACCAGGUUGUCCGAUCGCGGAUACAGAACAACGCCACCACGCACCUGUACCCCACGAUCCCCGCGUGCGUGAAGCGAACCUUCGCGGAGGAGGGCGUGCGCGGCUUCUACCGCGGGCUCGGCACGAACCUCGUGCGCGUCCUCCCCGGGACGUGCGUGACGUUCGUCGUGUACGAGAACCUCGCCUGGCUGCUCCGCACGACCGCCGGCCGCCGCGAGCAGCGAAAACGUCUCGAGGCCGACUCGUAG